AUGCAGACGGCGGCCGUGCGCGGCGCCCCGCAGUGGCUGCGCGGCCUGCUGUCGGAGGAGUUCUUCGACGCGUGCGCCGCGCACCCGGGGGAGCGCAAGAACGACAAGAACCAUUUCUGCGUCGACUGCGCCGCUGCGCUCUGCCGCCACUGCCUUCCCCAUGACCCCGCACACGACGUCCUCCAGAUUUGGAAGUAUGCGUCCUGCUUCGUCGUGCGCGUCGACGACCUGAAGCUGUUCGAUUGCACCGGCAUCCAGUCGCACACGGUGAGCGACCACGAGGUGGUGUUCCUGAACGAGCGCACGGCGAGGAAGCGGUCGGCGAGCGCGGAGAACCCCUGCGCCGCGUGCGCGCGGCCGCUCCCGUCCGGCCACAAUUACUGCUCCCUCUUCUGCAAGGUGAAGCACCUGGGGGAGAGCGAGCAGGAGCAGGGGCUAAGGCGCGCGUUGCGCGCGAACCGGCAGGCCGCGGCCGGGGGCGGCGAGGAAGCGGAACCGCAGAACGGGAAGCGGAGGGCGUCGUCGGAGACGGGGCCGAGUUGCGGCGGGUCGUUCAGGAAGCGGAGCCGGAAGCAGCCCGAGCCGGCCCGGUCGCCAUUCUGUUGA